AUGGGCGUUGUUCACACCAAGACUGUGAAGAAGGUGGCCUGGGUCAUUAUUGAGAAGUACUACACGUGCCUGCAUAAUGACUUCCACACCAACAAGUGCAUGUGUGAGGAGAUGGCCAUUAUCCCCAGCAAGAAACUCUGCAACAAGAUAGCCAGCUAUGUUACACAUCUGAUGAGGAAAAUUCAGAGAGGUCCUGUGAGAGGUAUUUCUAUCAAGUUGCAGAAAGAAGAGAGCGAAAGGAGAGAUAAUUAUGUUCCUGAGGUCUCAGCCCUGGAUCAGGAGAACGUUGAGGUAGAUCCUGACACCAAGGAAAUGCUUCUGGACUUUGGGAGCCUCUCUAACCUGCAGGUCACUCAGACUACAUUUGGGAUGAAUUUCAAAACACCACAUGGAGCCGUUUGA